AUGGAGCUGGACGAAGAUGCGAAGAGAAUCUUGGUCAUCAACACUCACAAGGGUCUCUAUCAGUUCAACCGAAUGCCGUUCGGAAUCGCGUCUGCCCCAGCGGUAUUUCAACGUAUCAUGGAACAGGUGAUCGCUGGAAUACCCUCAGCGGCUUGUUAUCUGGACGAUAUUAUUGUGACUGGCGAGAACGACCACCAACACUUGGAAAACUUGAAGCAGGUUUUAUUGCGACUACGUGAAUUUGGCUUCACACUGAAAGAAGAGAAGUGUGCGUUCAUGCAGCAACAGGUUGAGUACCUUGGUCAUGUUGUUACAGCGGAGGGAUUUGGACCAUCUCCGAAAAGGGUAUCCGCGACACUGAACAUGCCGCCUCCCACGCAAGUAUCGGAAUUACGUUCGUUUCUGGGCAUGGUUCAGCACUACGGCAAAUACAUACCCUCCUUGGCAGACGUGUGUGCUCCGCUGAACAACUUGCUUAAGAAAUCUGUGCCAUGGCAAUGGUCGGCGUCGUGUGUUGAAGCUUUCGAGACGAUUAAGAAGAAAUUGACUUCAGUCGAAGUACUGACACAUUAUGACCCGCGCAAGGAAAUAUUUCUGGCCGUGGAUGCGUCCUCGAAAGGACUUGGGGCCGUCAUCUACCACCGUAUUAACGGCGCAGAUCGUCCGAUCGCACAUGCUUCAAAGACUCUGACACCCGCCGAAUCAAGGUACGCUCAGAUAGAACGGGAAGCUCUCGCCAUAAUUUUUGGUGUCAAGAAAUUUCACCAAUAUCUUUGGGGGAGGAGGUUUACGCUCUUCACAGACCACAAGCCUCUAACGGUGAUUUUUGGGUCGUCCAAAGGCAUUCCCGUUACUACAGCAAGCCGUCUGCAACGUUGGGCUAUCAUCCUCAUGAGUUACUCUUUUGACAUCCAGUUCAAGUCGACAUUAAAUAUCGCAAAUGCUGAUGGUCUUUCCAGACUUCCAGAAGGGCCUGAUGUGCAAUUUGAUCAGCAAAUGCAACAGGGUAUUUUCAACGUCGAUGUUGAAGAGAUAAAGGCUGUGCAAGAUUUUCGAAUGUCUACCCUUCCGGUCACCGCGAAGCGGAUUGCUGAAGCGACACAAGAAGAUCCCUGUUUAAAAGAAGUAAUUCAGUUUAUUACAAACGGCUGGCCUGAGAGAACCGAACCUCAGUUCGCACCAUAUGUUCAACGACGAGCGGAGCUGACGACUCACAGAGGGUGCAUACUUCUCAGAUUACGUACGGGAGUUCCUGAUAAGUAUCGUCUGCAACUUCUGAACACCCUUCAUGAUUCCCAUGUCGGUCAAACAAAGAUGAAAAUGCUUGCCCGCUCAUACAUGUGGUGGCCAGGCCUCGAUAAAGAUAUUGAAGCCACAGUGAGACGUUGUCAUCAGUGUGCAGCCAUCGCAGCCCAGGAGUCCCCGGUUCCACUUCAUCAAUGGGAGCCGCCAGAGAAACCGUGGUUUCGGCUACACGCGGACUUCGCAGAGUUGCAUCGGAAACAUUACCUCAUAAUAACUGACGCAUUCAGUAAGUGGCCAGAGGUGGUGCCUAUGGCAGCAACUACAGCGACGAAGACAAUGGACGCCAUGAAAGACAUUUUCGUGCAGCAUGGGCUUCCACAGGUUCUGGUGACAGAUAAUGGACCUCCUUUCACCAGUCAGCAGUUUACGACCUUCCUUGCGGAACUUGGAGUUCAUCACGUUCGUACGCCUCCAUAUCAUACGAAGUCUAACGGACAAGCUGAAAACUUGUCUCAGAACAUCAACUGCCAUGUUCAAAAGAACUGGGAUAUGCCUCAGCAAUCUGGAACCCAUCCCAACAUCUCUUAA